AUGACUAACGAGGGUUUUGCAAAGCCAUGGUUAGAGUUCGAAGAGGAAUUCGGAGAGCGCAUAAAUCUGGAGCCGCCUCUCUCGAAUAUUUUCCAACAAUAUACACGUAUAGGAGGAUUGAUGGUAGACAAAUACGCAUUCCCUGCGCCAGAUCCUUCUGUUCAGACAGAGGAUACUGCGACGGAAAAAGGGCUCAAGCUACGCAUAUACACACCUGAAUCGUACAAAGGUGACAGGCCGGUUUGUAUGUACUAUCAUGCCGGAGGCUGGGCCAUGGGAGAUAUAAACGGCGAUGAUCUUCUUAGCAGAGCUGUUUCAAAAGCAGGAGACGUAGUGGUUAUUUCCGUUGAAUAUGGACUUGCGCCCCAGAAUGCGCACCCGGGAUUAAUGAACGAGUGUUAUGAGGCUCUGAAAUGGGCAUUGCGGAAUUCACAGCGGCUGAAUACGGCUGAGGGCAAGUUCUUUACGGCGGGUUGUUCAGCUGGUGGACAGCUCGCAUUGGGAACCGCAUUGAGGGCUAUAGAUGACGGACUAGCAGAGCAGCUCGUGGGUGUUAUUGCUCUUAUGCCGGCAACGGUCCAUCCAGAUGGGGUGCCGGAGGAGUUCAAAGCUAAGUAUACAGCUAUGGAGGAACAUGACCUGCACACUAUCAACACCGCAGGAGCAAUGCGGGCUUUCUGGGACGCUUUUGGUCCGCCGCCAACCGAUCCUUAUGGUUCUCCCCUCUUGCAUUCUAGGAUCAAAGAUUUGAAGAAGGUAUACCUUGCCGUUUCAGGACACGAUACGCUGAGAGAUGAUGGCUUGCUUAUGAAAGAAAAGCUUGAUAAAGCAGAUGUACCCAAUCGACUCGACAUGUAUGAAGGCUACCCGCACUUCUUUAUGGCUUGGCCAUCUUCGAAGCUUGAUGAGCCGAGGAAGAAAUUCUUUGAUCAAAUGGUGGAAGGAGUGACGUUUGUUCUAGCAUAG